AUGGGAGAUCAGCAGGUAGUGUUCAUGAAUCCGCAGGCGGAGAGUCUUGAUUGCUUGUACAGCCUUGCCGGGAGGCUUACACGACAACUUGCGGAGAACAAAGCUAAAAGAGACAAAUUACUGAGAGACAUAGAUGUGCUCGCUAGGGAAGUCAAUGUUCGGGCGGAGGACCAGGGCGAGGUUAAAGAUGAAAACAUUCCGGUGAUCAAUGCUUUCCUGCAGCGUCGAAACAAAAAUAUUUACGAGUGGGAUGGUGAGACCAACAAUAAAGUAGACGUACUUCGACAGCAGAACGUAGCAUUACGAGAAAUGCUAAACAAGAAAAAAGAGAGCAAUCUGGAGACCAUGGCGUUACUGAAGUUGCAUGAAAAAUCGCUUAUCGACGUUGUUGCAGUUCUGCGAGAAGAUGUACUGAGCUACCAUCAGGAACUCCUCGAGAAAUGUCGCUCUCUGUACGAGCGACGUGUUUUCCAAGCCGAAGACACUGAGUUUAGGCAGUACAUGGAAAACGUAAAGGACGUCGAACAAUUGAUGGAUUUAUCGAAGAUUUUUCGCGCCCUACUGCGGCUUGCAAGUUGA